AUGUCUAAACAGAUUCGUACCCGUUAUGUCUAUAAAAAGUACGAUAGAUGGUGGAGAUACCUGCCUCGACGUAUUGACACGAAGAAGGCCUUUGAUUAUGAUACAGACAGCCAUUUGUUGGCCAAUUUUGAAGAGAAAAUGGAAGGAGAACCGCCGAAACUGUGGGCAGCAUGGCUUUAUCGACCAAUUACUAAAGAGGGAAAGAGCCUGAAGGCAACGUAAGUGUUUUUGUUUAGCUUUUUGUGAUUUUAGGCAGUUCUAUCUAUUAAUUACGGCAAAUAUUAUUAUAAAAUCGGCAGAUUUGGUGUGGUUAUUGGUUUUUGCCAUAAAUUUUUGCAAAGGAUAGUUAGAAGCUUGAAACUUCGUAGUCUUUUAGCUUAUGUAUUGCUUUAACUAACCUGGCUUAAAAAGUUUCGAAUUGUUGAAAAUUAGCGAAGUUACAGUUGUUUUUUGUCUGCUUAUUUUUCCAAAGUUUUUGAAAGCGGUAUGCGGUAAAACUAUUGUAACUUAGAGACGCUUUGUGGUUGUAAUAUAUUUUUGAUUGUGUUAGCUGGCACAAUGAAUAAGCUAUGAUAAUACGAGGUUUCAGGGGUUUAACUAUGUUUUAAAGGAAUUUACGAUCAAAACCAUCUGGGCAUAUUUUGAACAUUUUACGUUUUUAAAUAUAUUUUCCUAUAAAAUGAUUAAGAAAUGGAUGUUAUUUUUAACAUAAAAGUUUGUAAAGGGAAUGAAAAGGCUUGUAAAGAUAACAAAAAGUUCUAAAAUUAAAAAAAGCUAUAAAUUAACUAAAAAAAAAGCUAUAAAUUAACUAAAACUUUGUUACAGGUUGGACAGACUGUUUGGAAAAAACCGUGAGCCCGGAAAAAUGACAAUCUUUCGCAACACAGCGGAUGUUAACCAUGAAUUGUGGAAAGUUAAACAUUUGAUUGAUCUAAAGCCAUUGACAUUUCCAAAUGGGGAGCCGACCGAAGCCGACAUUCCUCAUAUUGAAGUGCAACCAGAUGGGAGAGUGUUGAUACGGCGAGAUGCUUCAACUACUGACAUUCCAUUGAUUGACGAAAAGAAAGGAUUCACUCAAGGUCAACUACAGGGGUAUUACACAAGUAGAUACAGUCGAUUUAAGGAUGUGUAUCCGGAUACUGUGUAUAACCCGGCCAAUGUUACCAUCUUGGACUAG